AUGCAUAUUACAAUUGGAGGGCGAAAUAUGGAGACUCCAACUAAUGGGUGUGAAGACCUGUCAGUCAACAUGGCCCCCAAGGAGGAAGCACAAGAAAUUCCACAGUUCGACAUUCAAGAGCUUGAUGUCUUCACAGAAGAGGAUAAGCCCCAAGUUGAAGUGCCACAAGUCGUCCCGGGCGGACGACCUCAACCGCCUCCGAGUUUAUCGUCCUCGUGUGUCGCCGAACAUCGGUCUCAACUGGCCGAUGGCGCGACUCCGGGCACUCCAGCUGCGGUCCCCGACAAUACUCUCUUCGGUUUCGGACAGUUCACGACUCCCAUGUCCAAAAGACGCAUCGAACUGGACUGGUUUGUUGAAGACUUCAACGUACACAGAACACGAGUUCGCGAUAAGGCGCUUCCUUCCAACUGCCCGCCCUAUCUCGAGUCACCUUUGCUGGACCCUCUCAUUCUCCCGGGCUGCUGGACUUUCCGUCUCUUCCCGUAUUACCGAGGCGAAGUGAAAAAGAACGCUCUGCGUGUCGAUCCAAGCCACAAGCCUCUCAUUGCCCCGUCACCAAAGAAGUUUACAGGAUGUGUGGCACUGUUUCUCUUUGGGAGAACGGCGAUCGAAGUGAACAGCAGCGUCACCGUGUCUAUCUUGGAUGCGAAAGGCGAACCAAUCAUGACGCGUUCGACAGGGGACAACUUUCAGCUGUUCACAGUCAAGCCCGCUGUAAUGAUGGGGUUCGAGGACUUCAUCAAAGCGGGCCGCCUUCCCUCAGAGGAAGGCCCUCUGGCGGAUGCGGUCUUCCUUGCCGGCCCUGGCGGCGAACGCGUCUACUGCAGCAAGUUUCUCCUGUACUCUAGAUGUCCUGGUCUUCGUUCACUGCUGCACGACCAGGGGUCAGGCCUUGUCAUAAUACCAGACGAGGAAUUUAGCGUGGACAUCAUUCGCGAUUUCUGUUUUUACCUCUAUUUCGACGUGUGCCCAAUUCUACAAACUGUUAAAGACGCCGUUGUGAGCUUAGAACUACCUCCGGGAUCUGUUUUAGGGGCGGACCCGAAUUCUCAGGUAAAGACAAAGGGCAAAACAGCAUCCAGAAUCUCUUCCAGAGCUCCCACGCGAGCCUCAACGCCUCAACAUGCUGAAGGAGAGGUCUCGAAUCUGGCUUUCCUCCUCAAGUUGUAUCAAAUGGCGCACAAGUACGACUUCAAGAGUCUUUUCGCCGCUGUUGAGAGGGCCAUUGUGCCUCAACUUAAUAUCGUGACGGCGGGGUCCAUUCUUGAGGCUGCUGAGAGAUGCAACGCAUUAAACAUCACCGCUGCAGCGCGCCGGGUCAUGGGUCUGGUUGAGUCUCCUGGAUCCGUUCGCCAGCUGGGCCUCUGCCAUCGGCCGGAGGAGAUUCAAGAGGAGACCCACAGAUCUAACGCUAACUCUUCAGCUUUCGUACCUGAUGUCGUUUUCAAAAGGCAAGACACGGAUUCGGCGGCAAGCAGCCACUGUCUUGCAGACGCGGCCAGUGCCGGCGGCUGCCCGUCUCCUGUGGUAUCGAACUAA